CGCAGUCUGGUUCAAAGUUCAAAAGCGAAAAGUGGCCAUGAGACUGAACAAUUUUAGUGUUCCUACGAGCACACUCUGCAGAACUCGUCGUCCACAGGGACAGGGACAGUCUUGUGCUUUGAAACUCACGUCUUCAACUUCUUCAGACCAUGCAAGGAAGGAGAGUGAGUCUGCCUUCGUAGAAAAUGGCUGCGUGCGAGCUGCUUCCGAGUCUGCCGCUGUUCUCCGGCAGGCUUUCUCACACGUCUCUGGGGGAGCGAGUUCUGAUACUGGAGAAGCAUGGCGCGAAGACGAGUUGGCGCGGUUUGCAUGGUGUUGAACUGCUCCAGCGGCUGCUGGGCACCGUGAUGAUCUUGACACGAGGCAAAAAGGCCUAAGCCUGGCAAUAGAAGUUCUCAGUUCGAGCUGCAGCCGUUCCGUGCGAGGAGCUGUGCUUGAUAGUGUGGAUUGUGCAGCAACGACUAAUUUUGUGCUGCUGUGUUACACACAGCCCGCUUCUUGUCACCUGGCCAAGCUCACUCCUCACCCUUGGACUGCCCUGGCGGCGACAAAAGCUACCGGUUUGCUGGUCACUGUGAACUGAAGCCGGAACGGGAGCUAGUCGAAGAAGCUGCUGCCUGGCGACGACUGUCGAGCGAAUAGACGUUUCUUGCUCUUCGUGUGCUAUUCUUCUCUGCUCUCGCCUGGUGCCUACAUGGUGGUUCAUCCAUGCAACCCACAAGACGACAUUACCCUGUGAUCAUCCAAAGUGGAGCGUUGAAAUCGAUAAGACGUAUCACGGCAGGGCGUCAGACAAUUGCAUUUCCCACCUUCCUGCUACACAAACUGGACAGCGCAUUCGGAUGUGAAAGAGAGCAAAGGAGGUGCGAGACUCCGGGUGGUGCACACUGGCAAGAUCUUCCCGUUGACAGCAACUGGUGCAUAAAGUGGAAGGACUGCAAUGAGUAGUAUGAACAAGGAUGGCUAUGACUUAGAGCAGAUCAGCAGCGUAGCCAGUGCCGCAAGUGAUGCCCUUAUCUCCCAGUAUAGCAGCGCCGCCGCCGCCGCAGAGUCCAAUACGGCUGCGGCUCAAUGCGGCUACAGCGAUGGCAGUGACCAGGAGCCAGCAUGUGUGCUAGUAGAGAGCGGCUCUAAUGAGGCGCGGCGUGUUGCUGUCAGUGACUUUCAGUGUAGCACCACUCCUGUCCAGGCUAGAAUGCCGCCGGUCAGCAUGGCGGUGUCAAUGACAACACCACUAUACAGUGCUGUGGCGGCGGUAAAGGAUGCGGCUGGCGCAACAAAUCAGGCUAUACAUUCCGCCUGCGACCAGGACGUGCAACGCACAGGACCACCGUCGCAGCCUCGCCAUAUGACACCAUCUCAUGAGGGCCGUGUUCAGAAAGUAAUUGCCCACAGUAGUAGAGCAGAUUCGACAUCACAACAACUACCCUCUGAAGGCAGCAGCAAAAUGGAUCCUGGCAGCAAAGAAACUCCCCGAAAUGUUUCUCCAGCUGCUUCUGCUGCCAGGUUUCAACAUGUUCAGGAUAGGCAAGUUCAAGCAAACACCUCGUCCAGUUUGCGAGGAGACAGGAAAGAUGCAGAUGGUGAACAUAGCCAGGCAAGCAACUGGGUGGCACCUUUCCUGAAUGGCAAAAACAAUGACCAAUCAUCACAGCCGUCCACUGUCUACAAUAGGACCAUGUGCCAAUUGUCUGCUUCUCCUAAACUAGCUGCUCCUAGGUGUGCUCCUGCUCAUGCUCCACUACAAGGCAAUCCUGUCAAUGGUCAGGAACCAGACUUGGCUGGCAAGAAGAGGGUCUCGCAACCCACAGAUCUGGAUCUGGGAAACUCCAAGAAGCGCCUGAGUAAUGGGGUACGAACAAAUAUGAUCCAAUCGUCAUCCUGCAAAAGUCUGGCUGUGCCAAGUGACAACCAGUGCUUAGAUGGCAAGGAUAUCAUAAUUGUACCGUUUACAACACCAUGCAGUUCUACUUAUAACCAGCCACAGUUUCAGCAGAGCAAUACCACCGCAGCAGGAAAAAUAGAUCCUGCCGCCAACGCAGCAACUCAACUGAAAGGAGCAUGUGGACACUCGGACCAGUUCUCUAUUAGACACCUCGCUGCCGGCUGCUUCAAUAAGCUUCCAUCAAAUCAACAAGCCAACACGACGGAAACAGCAACCUCCAGUUAUAGGGCCAUUGAAGAAAGUGGCCAAUCCGGCAAGGCAGAAGCAUGCAUGAAUCUUCAUCAUAGCCCAGUUGCCGCAAAGGACCCUGAUGUUGGUGCAAAUUUUGCCGGUGAUGGUAGCAGCAAUGCCCGAAUCACCAGCUUGAUGAAGUCCAUGUCCGAACUGCGCAAGUCAAGUGCAAGCGAUGAUCAGACUAGUGGUGCAAGCCUAGUCGACAACGAAAAAAGCUGGGUUGACUUCUUGACCCACAUUGGCAAUACCGCUGUCAAUGAUCCUUCUACUGAACAGGCACAGCUGCAUACAAGCCAGGACCAGAGCCAGAGCCAGAGCCAGCCUUCUUCUGAGCCAAAGUCACCAGUGACAGUGGUACUAAGUAGCUCAACACAGGCAGCAGCAGCAGCAGCAGCUAGGAAAUCAUCCACAUCUGCAUUUCCCGUCGAGUUUGUAAAUGGAUCAUGCACAUCAUCUUCGUCAGCUGAGAAAGACCCCCAAAUACCAAGCCAGAAGUCAAACGAGAUGUUCGCGUCGUCAACAGGCCCAGCAGCUGAGAGCAAUGGUGAUCAUUCCUUGAAGUCCCUGCAAACUGGCAUUGGCAGUGUGUUAGGUGCAGCCUUCAAACCCUGGACAAGUAAUCCAACUAGCGGCAGUCCAAGUAUGACAGUUUCACAAUCACAUCCAUUCAGUUUCCCUGCAGUUGGAAAUGCAAAUUUCAGUGAAGGUGGCAAUGGUAGCGAGAUGAAGCACGCCUCGCAGAACUCUUCACAAGGCAUGAUUGGAUCUGUAUCUGCCACAGCUAGGGAACAUCAACCAUUGGACGUUUGCACGAGCAUGAGGCGUCCAAGUCACACAGUCAUUGGGACGGUGCCUUCAACUGCUGGAAAAGUUGCUCCCACAAUGGAUCAGCAAUAUGAGCAACGUCAGCAACCACACCAGCAGCAGCUACACCACCACCACCAGCAACAACCACAACAACAACCACAGCAGCAGCAGCAACAACCACAACAACAACAACCACAACAACAACAACCACAGCAGCAGCAGCAGCAACUGCAACUGCAACAACCACCACAGCAGCAGCCACAGCAGCAGCCACAGCAGCAGCCACAGCUGCAACAACAACACCCACAGUCACAACAGCAGCCACAGCAGCAGCAGCAGCAACAUCAUUCGCUUAUUGAUUAUUCUAUGUUCAAUACUAACAUGGCCUUGGCAUCGCCUGUUAGCACUCACUUUCCAGGUAUGAUGUCUGUCCCAGGCCCACCUGGAUGGCCAGGAAGUUUUCCGUACGCCUCUACAUCACCAUCAUACAUGCAUUACUUUGCCCAGCAAUCAGCCAUGCCACCAACAGCACAGCCACAGCCCCCAGCAGCCGUUGCACCCUACCUGCCAUCAGCUUACCCGCAGCAUUCCCAGUACCGUGUACCCUCUGUGACUACACAUGCCACUCAGCAGCCCAUCCUGCCCAAACCAGCAGCCAUCCCUGUCUCGACCCAACAUCACACUUCAAGUACUUAUGGAUUGCACUGUGCAAGGUCACCGCGUACAAGUAUCGCGCAAAUUCAUCCCCCAGAGCAACAGCAUCCACAGCCUCACCAGCAGCAGCAGCAGCAACCUCAACAGCCACAGCCACAACAGCUUCAGCAUCAUCCACAGCCUCAGCAGCAGCAGCCGCAACAGCUUCAGCAUCAUCCACAGCAGAUCCAGCAGCAGCAAUCGCAACAGAUUCAGCAACACCAACAUCAACAACAGCCCCCUCAACAGCAGCAGCAACAGCAGACCCCACAACACCAACAGAUUUCAGAGCAUCAAUUGCAAACCCAAAAUCAACCCCAGCAAGCAGCUCACUCCUCUAUGAUGCCCGGUUUCGCUCAGAAUUCCAGUAUCACAAACCAGAACAAACCAGCCUCCCUUGAGGACAGUGUGUCAACAGGAUUCUUGAAGGCACACAGUUUCGGGUCUAAAUUCACCCAAUCCAAGCACGUUGGAUCUGUACCAGGACAGCAAGCACCAGCUCAGGUGCAACCGUCAACACCGCUAUCUUCAACAUCCGAUGAUAUGGUCAAAGGCGUAGACACUCUACUUUUGCUCAUGGCCUCAAAUGGAGGCACUGAUCAUUGUGCUCCAAGCAUUGACCACCAGCAACAACAAACAGAGCAACACCAACAGCAGCAGCAGCAGCAGGUCGCAGACUUCUUCGGAAAGGACAGUGGAUUUCGACCCAUGUCGCAAGCAUCUUCUGGCAGUACUUCGACUUCAGAUACUCAACUACUCAACCUUGCCAGUACUACAAUGCCUAUGCUCAGUGAAGCAUCACAAUAUGCGGAAAAUAUCGAGCCAGUCGGCAGUCCGGUAAGAGUCAACUAUCCCAUGGAUGCGACAUGCGAAGCAGUACGCAAACGCCGCUCUGCUCCCGACCCACUGCAACGGGCCAAGAAGGCGCGUCGAUCGCAGCCUAUCAUAUCACAGAACAAUGGCUUUCAUCACAACUCGGCACUGUAUGCAAGCAGCUCAACAACAUCUGUGUCGGCAGUGACUAAAACAGUAGCAGCAGCAGCAGCAGGACCAGCACAAUCACAAGUUACUGCUAAUCACAAUCAUCAGCAGCAGCAACCUGUACUCAGGGAUUCCACAAAUACAUCCUAUCAACUCGCCAGCCUAUGCAAUAGUGUAGGAUCGGCCUGGUCUGCUGCUGCUAUCUCGUCUACAUCACAUAACCAACCGCCUAAUCCACCUGCUCCUGUUCCUGCUCCUGCUGCUGCUGCAGCAGCUCAUGGACUUUCCAAUCUGGCUCUUGGCUGUGACAUCAGCUCUGUCCUGAAGUCGGCCUGCUACCAGAAAGAGAAUGAACCGCUGGAGCAUGGAACUGCUGCUGGUUCUUCUUCCAAUCAGGCGAUAGAGCAGAUAAUCUCGAUGGGCAGCAGCUCUGCAGCUGGUGAAGGAUCUCUACAUGGUGUUGGCGUUGUGCUUCUAAACUCUGAUCUCUGGAGCCAGUUUCAUAUGCAUUGCACGGAGAUGAUCGUGACACGGCAAGGACGGAAGAUCUUUCCUCGUCUACAGCUGGAAGUUCGAGGGUUGACAGCGGAGGACCAAUACUCCCUUCACAUUGUCAUUGCUCCAAUGGAUACCACUCUUUGGAGAUGGCAGGGUGGUCGAUGGAUCCGCAGUGGCCAGGCAGACAGUACACCACACGUCUGCUGGUCAGCACACCAGGACUCUCCGAAUACAGGUCGACACUGGAUGCAGAGCUCACCGAUCGUUUUUGACAAGGUCCGGCUUAGUAACAACAGAGCUUGUUCACAGCAUCCACCGAGACGGGAGCAAAUCCUGGUUCAAACCAUGCGCCGAUACAUCCCGCGAAUACUGAUCUGCCUGCUCGACAACCAGGAGCAGCCGGCUGAGUGGCGUAUGGUGGCGUUCCCGGAAACAGAAUUCAUUCCGGUGACGGCCUAUCAGAACCAGGCGGUUAUUGACUUGAAGGUGAAUAACAAUCCUUUUGCAAAGGGAUUCCGAAACAAGACAAAGUAGACUCUUUGAUGGCAGUACUCCUUGUCUUGUCCUCUGCUUUACCACUAGAGCAGAGACGCAUUGUUGUUUUCACGUAUGAGCAGAGGUUGGGUAGUAGAAUGCUGUAUUAUUUUUACCUCAUAGUGACUGGUGCGUGAAACGGAGAGCACAACUCUCCCGUGUAUAUACUGCGUUAGUGCAGCACUUAGGCCCGUCUGCAAACAUCAAAUUCAAGAAUCCCAAAGAAGUCCUUGCUUUAUCAAAAUUCAGUUUAGAGAUGACAGCUAUACUCAAUUUUUAUUGUGAAUCUCAUUCUGUGUUUAUCACACGACCCGUAGGGAUGUCGGACCAUCGACCUGGAAAGCAUUUGCUUCUAUUCCUUCUGCAAAAUAAUUCUAUUAUUAUCCUGUUCAUUUCAUACAAAGGCACAUGCACAUACUCACAUUCGCAUUGUGUUUUUACCGAUUGCUCCUUUUGGAAAGUUUGCAGCAGUUCCCAACAAGCAUGCUUGCUACCGUUUUCUUCCUUUCCAAGACCUCUUGUCCUGAGCACACAGAUACACAUGCACUCUUGAUUGAAUUAGGCUACAAUGAAGUGUUCUUCUUCGAAACACAUUCCAUUAUUUGUGUACAUGCUGCCCAAGAAUUUUCUCAUAAAAAAGCUUUUCCUGCGACUUCCUGCGACUUCAAACAGUGGCGCUUGUACUAGCUUUGCGACUGACGAAUAAGCUGAUAACGGAAAGACAUGUGGUAUAGGGCUUUGCAUCUCACCCUGCUGCCACCAUUACAGAAAAAGAGUG